UGGUUCCUCUCCCGGCCCAAGGAGGCGGGCUGGUUCUGCUCCUCCUCCGCAGCCGCGCCGAGUUGUGCGCCCGGCGGCCGUGCCUGAGACCGCGAUGAGGACGCGCGCCGGGCUGUGGCUGCUCACAGGCGCUUGCUGGCUGGCCCUGGUGCUGGCGGAGGAAGCGGAGGUUCCCCAAGAGGUGAUCGAGAGACUGGCUCACAGCGAGAUUCACAGCAUCCGUGACUUGCAGCGCCUCCUGGAGAUUGACUCCGUAGGAUAUGAUGAUGCUUCGGAGACAAACUUGAUAUCACACAGUGUUCGCUCUGCCAAACACGUGCAAGAAAAUCGCCCGAGACCCAUUCGUAGGAAAAGGAGUGUUGAGGAAGCCGUUCCUGCCGUUUGCAAGACACGGACCGUCAUCUAUGAGAUUCCGCGGAGUCAGAUCGAUCCAACGUCGGCCAACUUUCUGAUAUGGCCCCCCUGCGUGGAGGUGAAACGGUGCACCGGCUGCUGCAACACCAGCAGUGUGAAGUGCCAGCCGUCACGGAUACACCACAGAAAUGUCAAGGUGGCAAAAGUGGAAUAUGUUAGAAAAAAGCCAAAAUUAAAAGAAGUCCUGGUGAAGCUAGAAGAGCACAUUGAAUGCACCUGUACAUCGUCGAAUUCUAAUUCUAAUUCAGAUUUUCGAGAAGAAGAAGCUGAUGUAAGGUGAAAAUAAGCUAGAAAAUAUUUCUCUCUGGGACAUGGAUGUACAUUGUUUGUUACAUUCCUGAACCUACUGUGUAUGGUGCUUUAUUGACUGUAUUCUUCAUUCAUUCUCCUACGUGGGGGGAAAAAAAACUGGCUCAAAGAGAGAAAGAGAGAGAGAGAGAAACAGUCUUCAUGAGAACAAAAGAGACAAUGUACAUUUGUUUAAUAUGACAUCAAAGCAAGUAUUGUAGCACUCAAUGAAACAAUACAAAGUUUCCCUGUUCUAAAAAGAAAACGAAAAAAGAAAAGACGGCAUGAAAGGAGGAUACCAAGAGCAACGUGACGAAAACAAGAAAAAGAACACUAAGUUAAGACCAGAUUUCCUCUUAGAAGAGCAGUCAACGGUGCUUUCUUCUGUUUGUUUUUGUCAAGAAACCUGCUUGCAUUCUUGAUGAAGAUGGAUGGACACUCAUGGAGUUUCGGCACCCACACAAAAAGAGCAGGAAUGUAUCAAAUACCACAGCAGAGAUUAUAGAAACAGUGUGAUUUUUGCUCAGUGGUGUUUUAAAGUCUAUAAAAAAAUCCUUCUGGGGCGCCUUAAGUGGAUGUUUUGUUUUGUUUUUGGUUUUUUUUUACACCAUAAAGUUAUUAUUAAGCUUUCUUUUUACUCUUUGCCUAGCCUUUUAUUAUCUCUUUGGACUACAUUUACCAAUAACCCAUAUAGAAGACCUGCUGUAGGGAGGAUGUGACGGAGCACAGAGACAAAUACGGAAUUUCUCCUAGUGGGAUGCAAACUAAUGAAAUGUAUUAAAAUAAAAAUGGUAUACCUAUGCAUAAUUUUCUAAAUGUUUCUUGGUUUAUGUUCCCCCCACCCAACCCCAUAUUCAUACCCAUUUUUUAAAACAGUGAUUUUCAAAGUCUUUCCAGGAGUUUCUGAGUAGGAAGAGCAGCAAUGAUGGAGAACCUUCACUGGAUGAUUAUGUGUCCGCCGUGCUGAUAAAUUCCCACGGCAAAGGUAGACAGAUCUCCAGGUGUUUGGACUUCAGCUCCCAGCAAUCUUAGCCAGUUUAACCAGCUGGCAAGGGGUUCUGGGAGUUGAAGUCUAAAACAUCUGGAAAUCCAGCUUCUUCUUGCCCUGCCCUACAGGGUAAUAACAAAGAGGUAGGGGAGAUCAGAAAGGCAUAUUGGGCACUUUCUAUUCUGUGCAUUGGGUUGGCAAAGAGGAUCCAGCCGCACUUUCUGUUGUUUUGGAGCGUGCCCCUUGCAUUACCCAGAAUUCCUUGCAACAUGCAGCCAUCCUAAGGAAAGGAAGGGGAUGGGAAGCUUGAAAGACACUGUUUUAAAAACAUCACAGAAGGCCACUGAUGUGCAUAAGCAAACCUAAGCUAUGUGCAAGCAGGAAAUAGCAUUUUUAAAGAGACUUACACUGGUUGCCCACGAGUGCUACCACGGUAGCAAUGGCUGUUCCACGUCAUAAAUAACCCCCUUUGGCAAUUUCACACCUUCAAGCUAUGUGAGAUGUAAAAACUCUUCUUGUUAUCGGUAUUGUAUGAUGUCACUGUGGCAUGGGGUAACCCUGCCAGAAAGCCUAAAAUUCUUUAUUUUUGGUAUUAAAAAAAAGUUAUGCUUUAUGUGUAUUCAACAAAAUAAGUGUUCUUCUUCUUUUUUUGUAAAGGUGACGUUUGUAUUUUUUAUCUAAAAUUAAUGGUUUUAUAUACCCAA